AUAAUGCAACCUGGCCUACCGAACGGUUCAAUGUCGCCGUUUCUUAAAGCGUGUUGGUGAAAGCCGUUCUCUCGUCGCAGAGAAGAAACAGACUGGUGGACACUCGUGUUUCUUUCAGCAGCAUGUCUGAAUAUGUCACAUUCCAGCAUGGCAGGUCUCGUUACGACCAGAACACAUUUUUUGGUCGGUUCAGGCACUUCCUGGAUGUGAUUGACCCGAGCACACUCUUUGUGACAGAGAAACGGCUGCAGGAGUCUGUGGAGCUGCUGGACCGCUUCAAACGAGGAACUCUGCCCCCAGGAGUGACAGAUGCUCAGCUUUGGCAAGCUCAAAAAAUAAAGCAGGCCAUCAUCCACCCUGAUACAGGGGAGAAGAUCCUCAUGCCCUUUCGGAUGUCAGGUUUUAUCCCAUUUGGCACACCAGUGGUUGUUGGCCUCCUGCUACCAAAUCAAACACUAACGUCAACUAUCUUCUGGCAGUGGUUAAACCAGAGUCACAAUGCCUGUGUGAACUACAGCAACCGUAACGCCUCCAAGCCGGCUCCAGUUUCCAAAUUCUUCCUGGGAUACCUCGGAGCAGUGACCAGCGCAGUCUCCAUUGCUGUCGGGUUGAACGUGUUAAUCCAGAAAGCCAGUCGCUUCAGCCCAACGACCAGGCUUUUGGUGCAGAGGUUCAUCCCCUUCCCAGCAGUGGUGAGCGCAAACGUCUGCAACGUGGUGCUCAUGAGGCACUCGGAGCUGUCGCAGGGCAUCAGCGUGCUCGACGACAACGGGAACGUGGUGGGAACGUCGAAAGUGGCCGCCAGGCACGCACUUUUAGAAACAGCUCUCACCAGAGUGGUCUUACCCAUGCCAAUACUGAUGCUCCCUCCCAUCAUCAUGGCUGUGCUGGAAAAGCUUCCUCUCCUGCAGAGGCGACGGAGACUCGUCCUGCCCGUCCACAGCGUGGUGGUCCUCGCCGCCUUCGGCUUGGCUCUGCCUCUCGCCAUCAGUCUCUUCCCACAGAUGUCCCAGAUCAGUGUGAAUCAGCUGGAGCCGGAGAUCGCCGCGGCAACGGAUUGUACGAUUGUGACGUACAAUAAAGGCCUGUGAGUGACCUCUGCAGCUCGACGCAUGAAGACGGGACCCGCCGCUCAUCAUGGUUCAGACCGCCCCGAGGCUGCCAGAGACUGAACCGUGGUAAACUUGGCUGUGGAGAGUUAGCAUACGUUUACAGAGAAAGGCAGAAGAUGUGUUGUUUAUGCCAAGGCCUGGCUUGUUAAAUAAGCAGUAACACAUGAUGACAUAUUGCGGUACAGGAAAAUAUAUUUUUGACACCUCAGAAAGUAUUAUCCCCGUUGUAGCGUGGACACUUAUGGAAGAAAUAAUACCAAACACUGAGCCACUCUAAAUGAUGUAUGGAGUAGCUCUGCCUGGCGUCUCUCUCUCUUUUUGAAUGAACAGGCAAUGAACUGAUUAACAUGAACAAACAGGAAGAAUAAGUGGAUGAAGGAGAGACACUGCAGGUGAAUAGGGUCAAUAUUUGAACUAAUGGAUACAACCAUGAAACCUCCCCAGUUGAUUACUUGCCUUAAUGCAAUUAUUUGUUUAAAUUACAUGUUUUCUGAAAUAUUAUGUUUUGAAUAUGGAAUUAUGCAUUAUCUUAUCAAAUAUGUGCUGAUUUGUGUUGACAUGUCAAAGGUUUUUACAACGGGAAUUGUAGAUGUCUCUUUGUAAAGAAUCCAUUAUCUCCAUGUUUUUAAAAAUACAAUGUUGUAUAAAUCAUGCUAUAAAUUAUAUAAGAACAAAAUCCUUUGUAAAAAAAAAAAAAAAAAAUUCAGAAUAUAGAUGGCAAUGAAACUGGAAAGUUUGAGCCAGAAAUCUUCCCAGAAGAUAAUGAGAAAAAAAUAAUUUUGGAUCGUAAAAGUCUUUAUUCACUACAUGUGAAUAGGGUAAAACAUUUCAACAUUUGAACGAGGAUAUAUCGCCAUUUAACUCCCCCAGUCGGUUACUUACAUUAAGACAAUCAUUUUUCUAUAACAAUUUUUUUUCUGAAGUAGGAUCGACAGACACAAAUGGACAAAGUAGUAAAAUAAACACCAACAUGUGUAUUUUGGAUAUUUUCUCUUCACUUGUCUCAAAGACAACCGUGUUAUGGAAGCAAAAUGGGUGAAACUCUUUGAAGGUUGCAUGAGUCCUGAAAGGGUAAAACAUAUUUGUUUCCUGGACAAUCCUCUUGCGACCCACUAGAUAAAUCUGGUGACUUCUUGUUGUGAACCACUGAUUUAAUGGAUGUAGCAAUUCAUCCAUAUGUAAACUUUCCCCAUUUGAAAUGUGCCCUUCCCGAUGCUGCCCCUUUUUAAAGCGUAAACAUUUCUUCUAAAAGCGUUCAUAACAUAUCUAUAUCUCUUUGGAAAUCAUUCAUUAACACAAUGUUGUGCUUUUUGUUAUUUAAAACCUCCUAAUUAAGUUACUAAUCCCAAUAUUUAGCUUUUUUUUUUUAUCUCACUGGAAUCAGUCAAACAAAUAUUUUAAAGUAUUUUUUAUUCGAGAAAUGUUUUCUUAAAGCACUAUUGUGAAAAUGCUGCUUUGUGUGUGUAUCUGCACUUGAUUUAUAUAAACUUCCUGUCUUCG